GCUCACUGAGUGUUCAACAUCACGUCUCAAAAAUAGUUCCAAUGGCUUUGAUUCAGAAUUUACACUGAAAGACAACACGUCAGUUUUCUCCACUAAUGUCGUUAUCACUCAGAUCAGGUUUUAAUUCUUAAUGCAUGGCGUGUUUUAUAGUAUUUUCCACUUAUCACCACAGUUUUAAAGCCAAAUUGAGCCCCUCAGUAAAUGACCACCACAUGAUUAUACGAGAGGAACGAAGGUUUUACGGGAAGUAAAAGGCUCCGAGUUUCGUGUUUUACUGCACAAAGCUGAAGCUUUUAUGUCGACCCACCAUCACUCUUCUCCACUCCCCUUUAAGACAGUCUGGUCCAGCUAACGUUAGCUGACUGACCCGUUUGUCUCGAUAGCACGGCAGAUUUCAUGUUUUAAUGUUUUACUUCUACACCUGGAACAACGUGAAAACGAAACACCGGAUGGUAACUGGGAAUACACAACUGGACCUGGGAACCGUCAAUGCAGAGAAAAAGGAUCCAUGGCAAAGUGGCUGAAGGACUACCUGAACUUUGGCAGCAGGCGUGACCCUCCACAGCCCCCAAGGCCAGAUUACAGUGAGAGUGAGAUUUUGAGGGCUUACCGUGCUCAGAAAGAGCUAGAUUUUGAGGACCCGUACAAGCACUCUGAGAAGGAGAUCCAGAAUGGUGGUUUCAGCUCCUGCAGUGCCACAAUGAGCCUUCCCUCUUUCCCUGCAGUGCUGCCUAAUGGUGUUGAGGUGAAAGUGGUGUCUCCUAAACACAGACUGAUCAAAGUGGACUCUCAGGAGUUUGGCCGCUGCACAAUCCCCUUGAGUCCUGUGACUGUUCAAGAAGAACCAGUGGUUCCUUCUGCCCCAGCAGUGUCAGACACAGACACGGACUACUCUGACCCAUUUGAUGCCCGUCCAGAUCCAAGAGUUAGACCAAACUGGGAGCCCAAACCUGCACCAACUGACUGUUGCAGCUAUAUGGAGCCAUUUGAAGCUCAACGGAUCAUAUCAGAACUGCAGCACAGCAUGAUAACUAACAGGUCUGGAAGUGGAGACCCUGGCCAGUUAUAUGAUAACCCGUACGAGGAAAGGACUCGUCACCAUCACCGAGCUGCUCCACCAGGACAACAGCAAACCCAUAAGGUGGAAUGCGGCCUCGGCCUCCUUGACACCAGGGAGAGCAGACUUCCACAGGAUGAUGAGAGGCCGGCUGAUGAAUACGACCAACCCUGGGAAUGGAAGAAGGACAACAUCUCUAAAGCCCUUGCAGUUCAGUUUGAAGGGGCAGAAAGAGAGCGCUCACGAGCUCAAACAGACCAAAGCAGGCUCACCAAAACUGGUGUCACGUCUCCCACAAUGGACUCUACACUCCGUUUGAUUGGUGAUACUCCUCCUCUUUUGGGAGAGAGAGUGGAUCCAGCUAUGCCUCUGGAGAGACAAGUAUGGUACCAUGGAGCUCUGAGCCGGUCAGAGGCAGAAACUUUACUGACUCUGUGCAAAGAGAGCUCUUACCUGGUGAGAAAAAGCCAGUCCUGCCACGAUGACUACUCGCUCUCUCUCAGGAGCUGCAAAGGCUUCAUGCAUAUGAAGUUCACUCGGUCAGCAGACGGGCGUUACGUGCUCGGUGAGAACAGCCCUCCCUUCUCCACCAUCCCUGAGGUCAUCCACUACUACACUACACACAGGCUGCCAAUCAGAGGCGCUGAACACAUGUCCCUGCUGUAUCCGGUCAUAGUGCAGACCCUCUGACACUGACCAACACAAGCUAUUCCUGCUGGUGCUACUGAAAACAACAUAUACUCAAUAUUUAACUACGCCUACCUGUUUCUUUCUUAUGUACAUUUUCACUGCCGUUCUACCUUUAAUGCUCACAAGAGAUUGGAAUGUUUGGUGCCAUUUUUUUCUUCUUUUUUUUUUUAAAUAACACUGGCAGUUUCACAACAGAGCUCACUGCCUCAUGAACCUUCACCUGUGAACUGGUAUUAUCACUGAGACUGUUCUAAACAUCGAGGAUUCAUGAAAAUAAACUAUUUUUUGUCAGUAGUACAAGACAAAGUACAGUCUUGAAAUGUCUUAAGGCAGGAGAAUUUGCCGAGGUUGUAAUGAGAUUUGUUGAGAUGGACCGAUACUGGCAGGUGAUAGAGGUGUUUCCUUUUGGUUUCAGCUUAUACCAAUAAUCCAAGCUGUUAUUCCUGUGUAAAUUGUGAGUUUUAAAGUGACAUUGAAACGACAACAAACAACCGUCAUUAUCCGUUUAAAUGUUAGUUAACAGUAUCUACCAACCAGACACUACAUACUCACCUGUGUGCGACGUCCGUGUUUCACUGAGGCCUGAGGUUAUUCGAUGCUGUAACUGCGAGUCGUUCGCUCAUUAGGUUCAAAUGUGAGAAGCAGACGGUCAGUGUCACAAGUGUUCAAUUCACACUCACAAUAACAGACUCCCGCAAUAGUAGUUUAGAGAGUAAUGACUACAGUAUUAUAUUGAAAGCUUGUGGCUUUGUGAUCAUGAUUAUUACGGAAGCUUUGGUAGAAUAUUUACUGUGCCGUUUUAUAAGAUUUAAAAUGUCUGUUAUAAAUAAAAGUUGUUGCCUGUUUUUUAA